CCCCCAGGCCCCCGCACCCGCGCCGCCCCCUCCCCUCCUGGCGAGAGUCGGCGGCGGUGGCGGCGGCGGCUGCAGAGAUUGGAAUCCGCCUGCCGGGCUUGGCGAAGGAAAAGGGAGGAGGCAGGAGCGAGGAGGGAGGAGGGCCAAGGGCGGGCAGGAAGGCUUAGGCUCGGCGCGUCCGUCCGCGCGCGGCGAAGAUCGCACGGCCCGAUCGAGGGGCGACCGGGUCGGGGCCGCUGCACGCCGAGGGCGGAGGCCGAGCCGGGCCCCGCUUCGCCCCGGCGGCUCGCCGCGCCCACCCGCUCCGCGCCGAGGGCUGGAGGAUGCGUUCCCCGGGGUCCGGGUCAGAAGUCCAACAGAGGUCUCACCAGGCUAAGAUGCAGGUGUCUACAGGGCCGUGUUCCCUUCGGGAAGUUCUAAGGAAGUAUGGAUUCUGUGCCUCUUACAGCCUCUAGAGGCCGGCUGCUUUCCUGGAUCAGGCUCCCCUCCUGGAUCAGGCUCCCCUUCCUGUUCACCUUCACAGUCAGCAAGGUGACAUGGCUCUGACCUCCUGUCAUCUCUUUCCCACCGUACUUGGGAGAAGUUCUCUGCUUUUAAGGACCAUAUUGGGUACGGAGGAGGUUAAACAACUUGGUCAAAGGAUUACAACAGACUUAUGAAAAUAUGCAUCAGUUUAAUACUGUCUUGGAAUUCAUGAGAUGGAAGCAUAGGUCAAAGCUGUUUGGAGAAAAUCGGAAGUACAGUUUUAUCUAGCCACAUCUUGGAGGAGUCGUAAGAAAGCAGUGGGAGUGAAGUCAUUGUCAAGUGCUUGUGAUCUUUUACAAGAAAAUCUCACUGAACGAUAGUCAUUUAAAUUGGUGAAGUAGCAAGACCAAUUAUUAAAGGUGACAGUACACAGGAAACAUUACAAUUGAACAAUGACUCAGCUAUACAUUUACAUCAGAUUAUUGGGAGCCUAUUUGUUCAUCAUUUCUCGUGUCCAAGGACAGAAUCUGGACAGUAUGCUCCAUGGCACUGGGAUGAAAUCAGACUCCGACCAGAAAAAGUCAGAAAAUGGAGUAACCUUAGCACCGGAGGAUACCUUGCCUUUUUUAAAGUGCUAUUGCUCAGGGCACUGCCCGGAUGAUGCUAUUAAUAACACAUGCAUAACUAAUGGACAUUGCUUUGCCAUCAUAGAAGAAGAUGACCAGGGAGAAACCACAUUAGCUUCAGGGUGUAUGAAAUAUGAAGGAUCUGAUUUUCAGUGCAAAGAUUCUCCAAAAGCCCAGCUACGCCGGACAAUAGAAUGUUGUCGGACCAAUUUAUGUAACCAGUAUUUGCAACCCACACUGCCCCCUGUUGUCAUAGGUCCGUUUUUUGAUGGCAGCAUUCGAUGGCUGGUUUUGCUCAUUUCUAUGGCUGUCUGCAUAAUUGCUAUGAUCAUCUUCUCCAGCUGCUUUUGUUACAAACAUUAUUGCAAGAGCAUCUCAAGCAGACGUCGUUACAAUCGUGAUUUGGAACAGGAUGAAGCAUUUAUUCCAGUUGGAGAAUCACUAAAAGACCUUAUUGACCAGUCACAAAGUUCUGGUAGUGGGUCUGGACUACCUUUAUUGGUUCAGCGAACUAUUGCCAAACAGAUUCAGAUGGUCCGGCAAGUUGGUAAAGGCCGAUAUGGAGAAGUAUGGAUGGGUAAAUGGCGUGGCGAAAAAGUGGCGGUGAAAGUAUUCUUUACCACUGAAGAAGCCAGCUGGUUUCGAGAAACAGAAAUCUACCAAACUGUGCUAAUGCGCCAUGAAAACAUACUUGGUUUCAUAGCGGCAGACAUUAAAGGUACAGGUUCCUGGACUCAGCUCUAUUUGAUUACUGAUUACCAUGAAAAUGGAUCUCUCUAUGACUUCCUGAAAUGUGCUACACUGGACACCAGAGCCCUGCUUAAAUUGGCUUAUUCAGCUGCCUGUGGUCUGUGCCACCUGCACACAGAAAUUUAUGGCACCCAAGGAAAGCCCGCAAUUGCUCAUCGAGACCUAAAGAGCAAAAACAUCCUCAUCAAGAAAAAUGGGAGUUGCUGCAUUGCUGACCUGGGCCUUGCUGUUAAAUUCAACAGUGACACAAAUGAAGUUGAUGUGCCUUUGAAUACCAGGGUGGGCACCAAACGCUACAUGGCUCCAGAAGUGCUGGACGAAAGCCUGAACAAAAACCACUUCCAGCCCUACAUCAUGGCUGACAUCUACAGCUUCGGCCUGAUCAUUUGGGAGAUGGCUCGUCGUUGUAUCACAGGAGGGAUUGUGGAAGAGUACCAAUUGCCAUAUUACAACAUGGUACCGAGUGAUCCGUCAUACGAAGAUAUGCGUGAGGUUGUGUGUGUCAAACGUUUGCGGCCAAUUGUGUCUAAUCGGUGGAACAGUGAUGAAUGUCUACGAGCGGUUUUGAAGCUAAUGUCAGAAUGCUGGGCCCACAAUCCAGCCUCGAGACUCACAGCGUUGAGAAUUAAGAAGACGCUUGCCAAGAUGGUUGAAUCCCAAGAUGUAAAAAUCUGAUGGUUAAACCAUUGGAGGAGAAACUCUAGAUGGCAAGAACUGUUUUUACCCAUGGCAUGGGUGGAAUUAGAGUGGAAUAAGGAUGUUAACUUGGUUCUCAGACUCUUUCUUCAUUACGUGUUCACAGGCUGCUAAUAUUAAACCUUUCAGUACUCUUAUUAGGAUACAAGCUGGGAACUUCUAAACACUUCAUUCUUUAUAUAUGGACAGCUUUAUUUUAAAUGUGGUUUUUGAUGCCUUUUUUUAAAUGGGUUUUUAUGAACUGCAUUCAAGACUUCAAUCCUGAUUAGUGUCUUCAGUCAAGCUCUGGGUACUGAAUUGCCUGUUCAUAAAACGGUGCUUUCUGUGAAAGCCUUAAGCAGAUAAAUGAGUGCAGCAGAGAUGGAGAAAUAGACUUUGCCUUUUACCUGAGACAGUCAGUUCGUUUGUAUUCUACCUUUGUAAAACAGCCUAUAGAUGAUGAUGUGUUUGGGAUACUGCUUAGUUUAUGAUAGUUUGUCCUGCCUCCUUAGUGAUGUGUGUGUGUCUCCAUGCACAUGCACACCAGGAUUCCUCUGCUGCCAUUUGAAUUAGAAGAAAAUAAUUUAUAUGCAUGCACAGGAAGUUUGGUGGCCGGUGGUUUUGUGCUUUAAAAAUGCAAUAUCUGACCAAGAUUCGCCAAUCUCAUACAAGCCAUUUACCUUGCAAGUGAGAUAGCUUCCCCACCAGCUUUAUUUUUUAACAUGAAAGCUGAUGCCAAGGCCAAAAGAAGUUUAAAGCAUCUGUAAAUUUUGACUGUUUUCCUUCAACCACCAUUUUUCUUUGUGGUUAUUAUUUUUGUCAUGGAAAGCAUCCUCUCCAAAGUUGGAGCUUCUAAUGCCAUGAACCAUGCUUACAAAGAAAGCACUUCUUAUUGAAGUGAAUUCCUGCAUUUGAUAGCAAUGUAAGUGCCUAUAACCGUGUUCUGUAUUCUUUAUUCUUAGUAACUUUUAAAAGGGAAGUUAUUUAUAUUUUGUGUAUAAUGUGCUUUAUUUGCAAAUCACCCACUCCUUUACAACCAUACUUUAUAUAUGUACAUACAUUCAUACUGUAGAAACCAGCUCAUGUGUACCUCACAUCCCGUCCUUAAGGGAAGAAAUGUUAUAAAGUAGAACUAAAUAUGAAUUUUCAGAAUUAAUGCAUUCAAAGUAAUAUAUCAAAUCCAGGACUUUGUUAACUUCAGGCAAAAACUUCAUUAGGGUAAUAUCAUCUCAAUUUUUUCAAAUGAAAGGAUUCUCUAGAAAUUUAUAUGUCAGAGCUGUUAUAAAUUUAUCAACUGUUAAAUAUGUUUUGGACAUCUAAAUCAUUUGAGAUUUUUGGUUUUUUGAUUUCUGUUCCCUAACUUGUGAAGAUAAUGAAAAAUCAGGCAGAAAUAUUUAGUAUCUAGUCAGUAUCUGUAGCUACACUGUAUAACUGUUCUUCAAUAAAAUGGUUCAUAUUUUAUA